AUGCCGAUCCCAAGUCUGCCAAGUCUGCCGUCCAACUCGUCAGUGGUACCAGACCUCCAGCUACUCGAGGCGCUUCGGGAGGAGUUCCACUUCGAGCUCUCCAAAGUGGUGGCACGUUUGAACGCGGUCGAGGACCAGCUAAAAGCUGGAACAGACAUCAAACCCGAGAAGACCUUGGGUGAGCCAGCUGAGAGCAAUGAGCCCGAGAAUAACUUGGGAGAGAACAACUUGGGUGAGGUGGCACUUGUAGCCGAAAGCCCGAAGAAGGAGGCUGAGGUCAGCAAAAAGAGCAUCUUUGAGAAGAGCUGGUGUGAGGAAGCUGCGGUCGUUGGCCUGGUGCAUUUCAGCGAGAGUGCCUGGACCUACCCCGUGGUGAUUGGCUUGGUGGAUGUGGGCCUUUGGGAUGUGAUCUUCUCGAUCCUGCUGAUGCUGCUGAACCUGGGCAUGCAAGCAGGCUUUUCCUACAUCAUCCUGGGUGAAGGCUUCAUGGGUUCGGAGUUUGCCUUGCAGUUGGACUUCGCGAGGCGUUGGCGCAGCAGCUUUGCACAUGAUCACAAGUAUUUGGACUUGACGUCCAGAAGUUUGGUGUCUCGGGUUUGCUGGGGUGACGGCUCCUUGAUCCUGGCCACCUCUCAGGCGACUUUGGUCGACCAGAUUAACAGCUAUUUGACCUUGGACUACGAUCAAUUUGAGUUGGGCUAUUUCCAAGAUGGCAAGCUGCUUUGUAUGCUUUGCAUCCUUCUCUGGGCCCUCUGCGUUUACAAGGAGUUCAGGAACAUCUGGUUGACGUUGGAGUGCCUCUUCCAUCUUCCCAGGACAUGCCGCACGAAGCUUCGCAACAACAUCCUGCAGAGCCUCUCCAAAGGACGCUUCAAACUGCUGGUGGUCAACUGCAUUACCCGCUUCACAAUUGCAGCAGUGCUGCUCUAUGCUGGCGUCCAAUGGCUUGCACGCACCACGUCAAUUACGGAGCUGAUGCUGAACUGUGUGGCGCUCAAUGCGAUUCUCGACGUCGAUGAGUUCCUCUUCGAGGGCUUCACUCCGCUCUCCGUGCACUUGGCCAUCCAGCGGCUGGAGCCCAUGACAGUGAAACACACCCGCCGGAGAAGCCAGCUGGAGUCUCUGGCGCUCUUCCUCGUACUGGUUGCCACGAUCAUUGUCCCAUAUUGUGCCCUUCUGGAGCCGUUGGGGCAGACGAUGCUGGAGGUGAAGUCCAUCCUAUGUGAUGGAAACCAGCAAUUCGUGGUGGGCUUGAACAGCAACACCGGUUGCUGGCUUUGA